CUCAAACAAAUCACAAGAUUUUCAGUUAAAUUUCAGAAUUCGCAAACUGCGGUCGCAAAACGUGAAACGUGCAUUAAAAAAUAAAAUAUAUUAAAUAAAGCAAUUUUGCAUAAGUCUUGAAAAAAGAGAUUUAUAACAAAAACAUAAAAAUAAAACCGAAACAAAAGCAAAACCAAAAAUCAACAAAAUGCACAGUACCAAAAGUCAUAUAAUCUUCGCCAGCACAUUUUUGUUGCUAAUUGUCACGCCAGCAUGCUUUGCGGAUCUGAUGUGCUAUGUAUGUGAGGAUUGCAACCAGGUGGACAGUAAAACACCGCUGUUGGCCUGCAAUGAGGGCUUUUUCAAUCAGGGUGGCAGCACUGAAGCCUCCACAGUAACCACAACCACAGCAUCGACCACCUUGACCACAGAAGAUACAACAGUCAGCAGCGAGAUGACAACCACAAGUAUUCCAGAAUCAAGCGUUGCCAGUGAGACGACAAGUCCAGCCGUAGAGGACACAACAACUCCUGGACCGAGUACAACUGAGAUUCCAGAGAGUACCGUUAGCACUGAGCCAGCAAUGCCAACGCCAGCCACAGUGGGACCUCCAGAGACGACAACCGGUGUGCCAACGCCACCAAAUGAAGAUAUGAUUCGUGAAGUGACGCGACUGUCGCCCAUUGUCAACUCUCAGCCAGAGAUUGCAGCUGAGUUGCCCAUACGUCAGCGUCGGUCAGUGAUCGAUACAGAUGUCAGCUAUCAUUGCUACAGUGUGAAGAAGACAUUCAACAACACAGUUCAGACGGAACGUGGCUGCUCACGAGUUCCAGCAUCUCAGUCCGUAUGCAAGGAUCUUGAAUUGCAGAACAAUGACGUCCAGCUGUCCAACUGUGAUCCCUGCUCCAUGAAUGCCUGCAACAGUGCCUCAUCAGUGGUGCAAUCCACGCUGCUGGGAACGUUCCUCGUUGUUCUUGUUGCCGCUCUGUUGCAGCGCUACUGAGGACUCAACCUCAAGUGUCCCAUCCACCGCCCACUCCAACCCGGUGUUAUUUAGUACAUAUCGCUAAUUUUUUAUUAAGACCACACACACACACAUACGCAGACACUACACAUACAAAACACACGUCCAUAGAAACACUCCUGCUCUUCUCAUCAUUUUAAGUAUUGCGAAAA